CGCUACUUUCUCCUUGCAGUGUCUUUCUUAUAAUGAGAAAAAAGAAAGAUGACAAUAUUUUGGAGAUCCCAUCAAUUCCAAAUCCUUUUCCUGAGCUGUGUUGCUCUCCGUUUGCAUCAGUUUUGUCAGCCAGUCUGUUGCCCAAGGCAACUUCAAGAAAAAAGCAGGUAAUUAAAGUGUAUAAUGAAGAUGAUACUAGCAGAGCUUUGGAAGUACCAAGUGAUAUAACAGCCAGGGGUGUAUGUCAGCUGUUGAUAUUGAAGAACCACUAUAUUGAUGACCACAGCUGGACUCUGUUUGAACAACUUACCCACACAGGUUUAGGAAGAGCUAUAGAGGACCAUGAAUUAGUGAUGGAAGUCCAGUCAAAUUGGGUAAUGGAAGAGGAAAACAAACUGUAUUUUAGAAAAAAUUAUGCCAAGUAUGAGUUUUUUAAAAAUCCACUGAGCUUUUUUCCAGAUCAUAUGAUGUCUUUUCCAAGUGAGACCAGUGCAGCUGUAAGCCACUCUGGCAUGUUACAGAUGUUCUUAAGCUCCAGCACGUAUCCUGAGAUUCAUGGUUAUUUGCAUGCAAAGGAGCAGGGAAAAAAAUCAUGGAAAAAAUUGUACUUUCUUUUGAGAAGAUCUGGCCUUUAUUUUUCCACUAAAGGUACAUCUAAGGAGCCAAGGCAUCUGCAGUUUUUCUGUGAAUUCAGCAAUAGUGAUAUGUACAUGUCUUUGACAGGCAAAAAGAUUUCUGGAGCACCAACAAACUAUGGAUUCUGCUUUAAGCCUAACAAAUCAGGAGGAACCAGAGACCUGAAACAGCUCUGUGCAGAUGAUGAACAAAGUAGGACCUGUUGGAUGACAGCAGUUAGGUUGCUUAAGUAUGGGAUGCAGCUGUAUCAGAAUUACAUGCAACCAUAUCAAGGUAGAAGUGGCUGCAGCCCUUUGAAUAUAACUCCUAUGAGAAGCAUUUCAGAAAAUUCUUUAGUAGCAAUGGAUUUCUCAGGAGACAGAAGCAGAAUUAUAGAAAAUCCAACAGAAGCCCUUUCAGUUGCAGUUGAAGAAGGAUUAGCAUGGCGGAGGAGAGGGUGUCUACGACUCAACUCACAUGGUAGUCCUAUUGCCAUGUCUGACAUGGCUAUACACAGAUCUCAGUCAUGGUUUCAUCAUAAAAUCUCUAGAGAAGAGGCUCAGAGACUUAUUUUACAGCAUGGACUUGUAGAUGGGGUAUUCCUGGUACGUGAUAGCCAAAGUAACCCCAAAACAUUUGUAUUGUCAUUGAGUCAUGGAUUAAAAAUAAAGCAUUUUCAAAUUGUACCAUUGGAAGAUGAUGGGAAGCUAUUCUAUACCCUUGAUGAUGGUCAUACCAGAUUUACGGAUCUCAUCCAGCUAGUGGAAUUCUACCAACUUAAUAAAGGAGUACUGCCUUGCAAGUUAAAACACUAUUGCGCACGAAUUGCUCUUUAACCAAAGCAUCUGUUGUUUCAUCAGAGGGAAAGGAAGAUACUAGAAUACUUUUUCCCCUAAAGGCAAUUUGUAUAGUAAGAGGGGAAAAAGCAUUACAUUGUAAAGAUCCUACGUUUAAGCUGCAAAAAAAGUAUAUUCUAUAUAGAUAAGAACUUUGCUUUUUGAUUGUCACAGCGAAAUUAACUUUAUGGUUUUAAAAGAACUUUCUUUCCUAUGUAAUUCUUUAGUGUUGUCUUGGACUUCUUUGGGGUUUUUUUCAAUUGAAAACAAUUUAAAAAAAUAAUAUUGUGUAACUUCUACAAAAAUAUAACUGAAGGGAAGAUCUUUGUUCUUAGGUUGAAAAUUAACUUUUUGUCUCUUCAAAUGUUUCUCAAUUUCUGUUCAUCACAUAGAAGAGUAACAUUUACGGUGGUGAGGAUAAGAAGCUGAACUGCGCAUUUUAUUUGUAAAUAAAAUGAAUAAAUAUUUUGCACUAUAUUUUUGAAUGCUACUUUGAGGAUUAUCAUAUACAAAAAGUGAAGAAUCAUUAAAACUACUUAUAACUGAUCAGUUGUAUUGAGUUGUGCUAUUACUGUUGUAAUAUUUUAAAGGAUUUUUUUCU